UUGAUGCAAUUUGCACUCUUUUGAAUUUUGAUGUAAAAAAAUAAUAUUAUUUUAUAUAGUAAAAGAAUUGAUAUCAGAUGACCUCUGAAAAAGACCCUUUAGUUAGUGAGCGAUCCGGGACAGUUAGGGAAGUCGGAAAUAAUGCGAUAUGGAGUUUAUCUUCCUGUAAACCAGGUUUUGGUAUUGAUCAACUUCGCGAUGACUGUAUGGAUACAUACUGGCAGUCAGAUGGACAAUUACCCCACUUAGUUAAUAUCCAGUUUCAAAGGAAAACUAUGGUAUCCCAUAUCUAUAUCUACACCGAUUACAAACUGGAUGAGAGCUAUACCCCAAGCAGAAUUUCCAUAAGAGCAGGAACACACUUCAAUGAUUUACAAGAAAUAGAAGUUAUUGAACUUAUAGAGCCUAGUGGUUGGGAAAUGAUACCAAUAAAAGACAUACAAGAUAGGCCAAUAAGAACUUACAUGAUCCAAAUAGCAGUGUUGAGCAACCAUCAAAAUGGAAGAGACACUCAUAUGAGACAAAUUAAAAUACACUCCCCGUGUGAGCCUACGUCAUUUGACAUUAACAAGUUUAGGAAUUUUUCUACUGUUGAAUUUCAGCAAUAUGCAACAAUACGAUAGAAAUAAAACUAAAUGUAACAAUAUAAUAUAUAUUACAAUUAAAUGUAUU